AUGUCUGUUGUGGGCAUGAACUUGACAGACACCGGCAAUAUUGUGCUGUUUGAUAAGAAUAAUGCCACAGUGUGGCAAUCCUUCGAUCACCCUACAGACUCACUUGUCCUUGGGCAGAAAUUAAGCGUGGGGCAGAAAUUGACCCCGAGUACUUCCUUAGUGAAUGGGAUCGAACAAGGUUUACUUUCACUUUCGCUCACUCCUAGUGGUUUAUUUGCCCGGAUAGAGACUUAUCCUCUGCAGGUGUAUCUCCAUGUUAACGUAAAUUUGCCUAACACAAGCGAUGACUCCAAUUAUAUCGAAAUUGCUGGAGGAGAUUUGGCAUUGUUCAUGGACUCCACAAGAAAUGGGUCUGUGCUUUCUGUUACCGGUCCUGGUUCUGGUGCAUCUGUGCAGUACAUGAAGUUCGAACCCGAUGGACAUUUGAGAUCAUAUCAAUGGGAUGAAGUGGGGUGGAGUGUAAGAGAUGAUCUUUUUGAACCAUAUCUUGGGGAUUGUGGUUAUCCAAUGGCUUGUGACAUUCAAAUCAUCCCAGAUCUAGCAAAUACAGAUAAGGAGAGUUGCAGAGAGGCCUGUGCCUGCAACUGCUCAUGCACAACAGCAUUUUACCUGUAUCAUUCUGGUUCGUGCUACUUAGUGUCUCCAGUAAUAAUACUCAGUUAUAGUGCUGGAUCCGUCCUUGCCUUGAUUAUUCUUAACGUAGUUUCGAAUUCUCUAGUUCUCUGGAGGCAAGAAGCCGAUGAAGUUGGAGAGGAAUACCUAGAACAACUGCCUGGCCUCCCUACAAGGUUCACUUAUGAUGAUUUAAUAGCCGUCACAGAAGUGUUCAGUAAGAAGCUCGGUGAAGGAGGCUUUGGAACCGUCUUUGAAGGUACUCUGAGUGACGGCACAAAAGUUGCAGUGAAACGCCUUGGCGGAUUACGCCAAAUUAAAAAAUCUUUUCUAGCCGAGUUCGAGACUAUUGGUAACAUUCAUCAUGUCAACCUAGCAAGACUCCUUGGACUUUGCUCCGAGAAGUCUCACAUGCUGCUAAUCUAUGAGUACAUGUCUAGGGGUUCUUUGGAUGAGUGGAUCUUUCACAAAUCUAAAGGGUCGUUCGUGCUUGACUGGAGAAAAAGGAGGAAGAUCAUCUAUGACAUAGCCAAGGGCCUAAACUAUCUCCAUGAAGAAUGUACAUGGAAGAUAGUUCACAUGGACAUCAAACCGCAAAAUAUUCUCUUAGAUGAAAAAUUUAAUGCUAAGAUUGCUGAUUUUGGCUUGUCUAAGUUGCUUGAUAGGGGCCAAAGCCAAGCUGUGACUACAAUGAGGGGAACUCCUGGCUAUUUGGCCCCUGAAUGGCUGAGCGCAACAAUUACGGAGAAAGUAGAUGUCUAUAGCUUUGGUGUGGUAGUUUUGGAGAUAGUUUGUGGAAGGAAAGUAUUUGAUAGCUCUCAGAACAAGGAAGACAUGUAUCUAGUUGAAGUUUUUAAGAGAAAGGUCGAAGAUGGCCGAUUGUUGGACAUGGUGGACAACACUUGUGAGGAUAUGCAACUAAAUCAACCCCGCGUGGUCAAUAUUAUGAGGAUUGCUUCAUGGUGCUUACAAUGUGAUUUUUCAAAGAGGCCUUCCAUGUCGAUGGUCAUCAAGGUGUUAGAUGGGUCAAUGGAAAUUCCAGAGGACUUAGAUAAUGACUUUUCGCACAGCAUCUCGAUGAAUUUUCAUGAGUCAGAAGGUGUAGCACUACCCUUUUCUCCCCCUCCAGUGAAACUGCAAUCUAGUCAUCUUAUUAGUAAUGUAAUUGACAGGGUGAUGCACUCGAAACAAGAGCUCGACGCAGGCGAUGAAACCAGAAUAAACUUGAGAGAACUCGUCAAGUUUAAUCGGGAAAACUCUUUCAGAGAAAUUCACUGA